AGCCUUUUAGUCCUCUUCUCUGUGUAUAUACUUCUAGUUUAACCCAGCGUGGUCUCAGUGUAUCAGAGACAGCUCAGUGUGUUGGUUGUCCUCUCUGUAGCUAGUGCUGGAUGUAUCCUGGCUGCUCUCGGAAGUCUUGUCUUUUGGCUCUCUGCAGAAAACAAAAUGUCUAAAAGCGAAACAGAAGAGAUGAUAGAGAUCGAGAUCGAUGAACGGGAGAAACAGGCAUGCCUGGAGGAAGGUGUUGAGGAGCAGACUAUUACUGCAUCAGAUUUGAUUCAACAAGAUAUUGACAUCAAUGAGCCCAUUGGCAAUUUGAAGAAACUUUUGGAGCCCCGUAUCCAAAUGUCACUGGAUGCAUAUGAGAUUUGCUUGCAAGACAUACAGCUUCACCCUGACCACAGCCUCUUUGAUCAGGGAGUAAAAACAGAUGGCACAGUGCAGCUCAGCUUGCAGAUAAUAACCAAACAAGGUGAGGAGAAGUUGAACAUCUUGGAAAUUGUGAAGCCGGUAGAAACAGUAGAGGUGGUGAUUGAUCCGGAUGCAGCAGGAGAGGAGGGAACUCUGGUGGAGGAAGGUCAACUCAUUGCUGUGGAGCGAUCUGGCCUGUCUGAUGAGACGUCGGAGCAGGUUACUCGCUGGGCCGCAGCACUUGAAGGCUACCGCAAAGAGCAGGUUCGCCUGGGCAUACCAUAUGAUCCUGUGCUCUGGUCAGCUGAUCAGGUGAUCCACUGGGCUGUGUGGGUAAUGAAGGAGUUUAACAUCGAUGAGAUGGAAAUAGGCAGCAUUCACAUCCCAGGUCGAGAUCUCUGCUUAUUCAGCCAGGAAGAGUUCCUUCAGAAAGUGCCCAAUGGAGAGAUACUCUGGAGUCACCUGGAACUCCUGCGUAAAUAUGUGUUGGCAAGCCAGGACCAGUCUGGAGGGGAUGCUACUGUCACCAUUGAUCAACCUGUGCAGAUAAUCCCAGCUCAAGUGAGCACACCCACUACCAUAAAGGUGUUGAAGCAGAGUCGUGGCCCCAGAACUCCCCGUAUUUCAGGAGGAGAGGAGCGCAGCUCACCUGGCAACCGCACAGGCAACAACGGUCAGAUCCAGUUGUGGCAGUUCCUGCUCGAGCUGCUGACAGACAAGGAUGCAAGAGACUGCAUCUCCUGGGUGGGUGAGGAGGGCGAGUUCAAACUCAACCAGCCGGAGCUUGUGGCACAGAAAUGGGGCCAGCGCAAGAACAAGCCUACUAUGAACUAUGAGAAACUCAGCAGAGCCCUCAGGUAUUACUACGACGGGGACAUGAUCAGCAAGGUGCAGGGCAAGCGCUUUGUCUACAAGUUUGUGUGCGACCUGAGGACUCUGAUUGGCUACAGUGCUGCUGAGCUCAACAACCUGGUGACCGAUUGUGAACAGAAGAAACUGGCUCGCAUGCAGAUGCACGGCAUCGGUCAGCCCAUCACUACAGUGACGCUGGCCACCACCACUUAAGACAAUUGAAGGAGGCCGCAUUAAAGCACUCUCCACCGCUGAUUGGAAAUCAAAUCAACUUUCUUCUUUUUUGACACAACUGUGUUUUAUGAGGCACAGAAAUGCAAGGCUGAUCCCUGAUCAGUGUGGAUUAUCAACAUUAUUGUCUCUACAGUUUGAAGUUAGACUGAUGCAGGUAAAAAGGGUUCUUUUAAUCUUUUCUUUAAUUCUAACCAAGAGAAGUGUGUUCAGGAUGAGGAGGCGAAUGUCUGUGUGAUUACUGAGAAAUGCUGUUGUUGUGGGCAUGUGACUGAAUGCUUGAAUGUGAGAAUGUGACUGAGUUUUGAGCUUUGUGUAAUGCGUUCCUUGUCUGUAGUUUAGGAUCAUUUCCACUGUAAAUACCGGUACUUCAUGUUUUUGAUAGCCACAAGGACAAUUGUAUUUUCAUAUUUUCCAUUUAUAGAGGACCUGUUUUGUAUUUUAUUUAGUGUUUGUUCCCCAAAUUGUUGGACCCUUUUUUGUCCACUAGAGGGAAUAAAGUGGCAAGCAUUUUUCAUAACAUCUGAGAUUCAGUCUUUUCAUCUCUACGCCUUGAAAAGGUUAUAAUCCUGUAAAAAUCACAUGAAGAGAUUCAAAAUGACAAAGAGCCAGGAAGUUAUGUACAUUCAAAAUUUUAUUCAUGGUAUAGUGAGUGUAGAAAGCUUUUUCUUACUCUAAGCGAAUGGUUCAUUUAACUACACACAGAGGAAGGUCACCGAAUCAAUGAGAGAAAAAAAAGCAUUUUUUUUUUAACACAAGCCUCCAAAGACACCCAAAAUGAGCAUCAAUACAAUUUUUUUAACAUUCACCUGAUUAAGAGCUUCAGUUAGUGUCUGUACACGUGUGAAUAUACUGUGUAGAGAGGUGAUAUGUGUUGUAUUUCUAUGGUAUAAAAGCACAAUAUGCAUGUCACAUUCAUGUUUACUGGAGGUGGCGUUAAUAACUUAAUUAAGGGAGAGGGAUAUGUGUCUCCAUGCUGAUGUGAGUUGUGCUCAUCCUCUCAGUGUUGAUGGUAAUUCUUUACUGCUUCUUCAUGAGGACCGUUAAGAGUCUUGACAACAGAUAUGCAGGCAAAGAAAUAUACAUCACAGGACGAACAGAAGCACUGUACAUGUAUACACACAGGAAAUGUAGAAAAAUAGAAUGUGUAUGUGAAAUUUGGUGAAGGAAUGUGUGUGAAGAGGAAAAAACGUUUGAUCUCUGUAGGCCCAACAAAUACCGUCUUUUUAGCAAAUACUCCCAAGUGCUGCGCUGUACAAUAUUGCUGACAUAGCCAGAAAGAGAGGAUAAACGGGGGUCAGAAAAAAAGACUGAAGAAUACAUGAACAAAAGGAAAAGACUGAGAGGUGGAUCUUGAGAAUGAAACUAGGCCACUGAGAGCCGGAUCUCCAUUUUCCAAAUAUUUACAGUCGAGAGAGAGUGGAAUGAUAAAUCUGGAAUGAUGCACUUUCAGAAAACCUCCUUUCUAAAGUUUGACCUCCUCCU